GGACUUCUUUCUAUGGCUUCUGUACACAGAAAGCAACAAAUGGUUUCUCUCUGUUCUGUACUUUUUUCGAAAAUCAGUGCAGGUGCUUUUUUUAGGCUUACCUGAACAGGUUUUUCCCAGCCGUGAAAAAAGUAUUGAAGCAUACCCUGGAAGAACAAAUCAGACAAAUGCAGGAAUUCUUUCACUUGAAGGUAACAGGAAAGAUCGAUACAGAGACUGUGCAGGUAAUGGAUCAGCCCAGAUGUGGCGUGCCAGAUGUCUUGGAGUAUCGUACUUUCGGAACUGAGAGAUGGAAUAAGAACCUACUGACUUACAGGAUUAAUAACUACACCCCCGAUAUGACUCGAAGCAAGGUAGACGCGGCCAUAGCAAAGGCAUUUAAGGUGUGGAGCGAUGUGACCCCCCUGCAGUUCAGAAAAACAACAGGACCUGCUGAUAUUGAAAUUUCUUUUGCAUAUAAUGAGCAUGGUGACAACAUCCCUUUCGAUGGGAGGAGCGGAGUUCUGGCUCAUGCUUUUGCCCCUGGGCUAGGCCUUGGUGGAGAUGCCCACUUCGAUGAGGCUGAACGCUGGUCAGAAACCAACAGAGAAGUCAACCUGUUCCUUGUGGCUGCACAUGAAUUUGGCCAUUCUUUGGGGCUGGCUCAUUCGAAUGUCCGUGGCGCUUUGAUGUAUCCUACCUAUUCCUAUGUGAACCCAAUUAACUUCCGUCUCUCAGAUGACGACAGGGACGGAAUUCAGAGUUUAUACGGUAAAAGAAAAUGAAUCCCCUCACAACAUGUUCCAGAAGAAACAAAAUGUCCAUAUUUUGCUCUUACAUUUCUUUUUUUAAAUUGUUAUUUUAAUGAAGCAAAACUGCAAAAUGGGGAAGUGUGAAAUCUUUUUUAAAAAAUCACUUAAGCUUUGUAAGUUAAGUAUGUAUAUUGCUUACAGCAGACAGAAUAUAUAUGCAAAUUUGCAGACCUUUUUCUACCCUAAUUUGAAAGAUAAGUUCUAAGGGAAUUGGUUCCUGCUUCUGAUUACCCUAAAAGGCCAAUGACUUCUGCUAGACUUAAUCCAACCAAUUAACUAAAUUGUACUCAGAGUAGACUUGUUGACAUGAACGUGCCUAAGUUACUCACGCCCGACAAUUUCAGUAGGUCUGCGUUGAGUAGACAACUAUAGACAACUUCAUAUUUACAGUGUCUUGUGAUUCUGGCAUCGACAUCCUUGCUCUUUUAAUAAAUUAAGGAAAUAGGUGGAAAUUAUGCAAAUGUGAAUGUUACGUGAUUCUUUCAACAAAUUUAAUCUCUCGUAACUCUGAAAAGAGAAUGUGGAAGUGAAAUUUUGCUGUUGUGUUUCAAAGGAGUGGCUAAGGAACUGUCGGUUAAUGUAUUGC